GCCGUCCGUUGGGCCUUAGGGUAGAGAGGGCUGUUUCGUCGCCGCGAGGGUUUUGGCGAGGGUUUUCAAGGCGCCUCCGCGCGGAUCGCUCGAUCACGGCACUGCUGAGAUCUGGCGGUUUUCUUGAUUCUAGGGGUGAAAUGGCGACAGCGAAUGCUACUCCAGCGUCUGCUAAUCUGGUCGGGAAUGCAUUCAUCAAUCAGUACUACAACGUCCUACAUCAAUCUCCAGCGGUGGUUCAUCGCUUCUACACCGAUCAAAGCCAGCUUACGCGAGACUCUGGUGGCGCAGAUGGUCCUGUGGAGACGGUCUCCACUCAACAGGAUAUCCACGCGAAGAUCAUGUCGAUGGAUCUCACCGACUUUAAGGCCGAAAUUAAGUCUGUGGUCUCUCAGAACUCUCUCGGAGGUGGAGUUCUUGUCAUGGUGACUGGCUCCCUCUCGUGUAAGUCGACCGGGAAACGCAACUUUGUGCAGACGUUCUUCCUCGCUCCACAAGAGAAGGGGUACUUUGUCCUGAACGACGUGCUGCGCUACGCUGACGAAGCACCAGCCGCGAAGACACUGCCAUACAGCAUGGCCAAUGGGGUCGCCGAGUCCACAGUCUCCUCGAUCCCAGAGCCAGACGAGCAGCUGGAAGGCGGAGGACUCGUGCCAGAGGAAACUUUCCAAUCCGAAGAGUAUGUGGUGCUGGAGAAGGCCGAGGACAAGGCACCCGAUGAGCCUGAAGUAGAGGCUGUGGAGGAGGAGCCCGCGGUGGUGGAAGUGGAGACGAUCACCCAAGAGACAACUGUGACUCAAACUCAACCUGAGGAGUUUCAAGAGCAGGUGAAGACGACUACGGUGAAGAUGUCGUAUGCUUCCAUUCUCGCUCAGAGUAGGGCCGCUCAACCAAGGCCUGUGGCUCCGAGACCAGCGCCAGUGAGCGCCCCUCCGCAGCCUGCCACUGUGGUUCCUCCUCCGGCCGCCAGCACAGUAGAAGAACCUCCCAGCGACAAGGACAAGGAGGGUGUCUACAUUUCCAACUUGCCUUUGAACGCUACCGAGCAAGAGAUUGAAUCCAAGUUUGAGAAGUUUGGGCCAGUCAAGCCUGGCUCCGUUCAGGUCCGGUCUAUGAAGGCACAAGGAUAUUGCUUCGCUUUCCUUGAUUUCGAAGACCAACAGUCCGCGUCCAGCGCUGUGGAGGCAUCCAAUAGCAUUGAGAUUGGUGGCCGGUUUGUAAAGGUGGAGUACAAGAGGGCCCAAGGCUCUGGUCGAGGACGUGGACGGGACUUCCGCGGUGAAGGACGAGGCUAUGGUGAUCGAGAGGGUGGAGCAAGGGGAGGCUACGGCGACCGUGACAGAGGCGGCGGCUAUGGCGAUCGUGAUGGUGGUGGUCGAGGAUACAACCGACGAGUGGAGAGCACUGACGAGGCAGGCUUUCGCCGGUACGACUCUCAAAGAUCGAACAGGCGUGGUGGUGGCAACAGAGGUGGUCGUAGCAACGCCGCGGAAUAGCAUAGCGCAGUCCAUAGCCUAGCAUAGCUAGCGAGAGCUUCUUCUAACAGAUUGAAAGGAAAGAAAGGUAUUAAUGGAUGAAGAAUUUUUGUGAGCUA